AUGUCCGAUAAACUAUUUAGACUUCAAUGUGGAUACCAGAACUACGACUGGGGCAAAAUCGGCUCGUCUUCAGCCGUGGCUCAAUUUGUCAAGAAAUCAGACCCUUCAGUCACCAUUGAUGAAACCAAACCAUAUGCUGAGUUGUGGAUGGGAACGCAUCCUUCAGUGCCAUCUCAAGUUAUUGGCUUUGAUGAAACUCUACGUGACUUGAUCACUGCUCAUCCUCAUGAAUUAUUGAGCGAAUCCAUCAUUAAGAAAUUUGGUUCAUCUAAAGAAUUGCCAUUUUUGUUUAAAGUCUUGAGUAUUGAGAAGGUAUUGUCGAUUCAGGCACAUCCAGAUAAAGCAUUGGGUGCCCAAUUGCACAAACAGGACCCCAAGAAUUACCCUGAUGAUAACCACAAACCAGAAAUGGCUAUUGCUGUUACUGAUUUUGAAGGAUUUUGUGGGUUUAAGCCAGUUGACCAGUUGGCUUCAACAUUGGAAACUGUUCCUGAAUUGAAACUGAUUAUUGGCAGUGAGUUGAUUAACGAGUUUGUCGCUGGAAUCAAACCCAAUGCUGAAGUAGGCACACAAGAUGAUAAAACCAAUCGUCUUUUAAUUCAAAAGAUUUUCAGCAAGUUGAUGAACACUGAGGAAAGUGAGGUUAAUAAACAAGCUGCUUCUUUGGUAGAAUCCAGCAAACUGAAUCCAGAAACAUUCACUAAACUUGACUCAAGAUUACCUGAGUUGAUUCAAAGAUUGAACAAACAAUUCCCUAAUGACAUAGGUUUGUUCUGCGGAUGUCUCUUGUUGAAUCACGUUGCUUUGAAUAAAGGUGAAGCCAUGUUUUUGCAAGCCAAGGACCCUCAUGCGUACAUUAGUGGUGAUAUCAUUGAAUGUAUGGCCGCGUCAGAUAAUGUUGUACGUGCUGGAUUCACUCCUAAAUUCAAAGAUGUUAAGAAUUUGGUUGAUAUGUUGACUUAUGCAAGUGAACCGGUAGAGAAGCAAAAGAUGCAGCCAAAGAAGUUCCCUAGAUCCACUGGUGACGCCGUUACUGUCAACUUGUUUGAUCCACCAAUUGAAGAGUUUUCCGUGUUACAAACUGUCUUUGAUAGAAGAGGAGGUAAACAGAACUAUAAGUCAAUUGAGGGCCCAUCUAUCAUUAUCGCUACUAAUGGAUCCGGUCAAAUUAAAGUUGCAGGUGGUGAGAAAUCGGAAAAGAUUGAUACUGGUUACGUGUUUUUCGUUGCACCAAACACAGAUAUUGAGUUGAUUGCUGAUGAUGGUGACGAACAAUUCACCACGUACAGAGCAUUCGUAGAGGCAUAA